ACUUCGAUUCUCACCUUUUCACAGCACACUUGCACUAUCCUCUGCUUUCCCUUCUGCUAUUAAUGAUAGGGUAAUUCCUCAUCCCCACUCGAUCUUAGCUUCUUCUCUUCCUCGUACAACUCCCAGGCGACGCUGCGGCGCACGUCCAUCCUCGUCGUGCAACGGAGGACGAGCAGAAGAUGACGACGACGAAGGUGAAACCACCCUGCAGCCACGUCUUCUUCUUCUUCUCCUUCCUCCUCCUCGUCUCAGCUUCCCUCGCCCAGAGCGACCUGGACGUGCUCCUGAAGCUCAGGACCGCCCUGGCCGCGCCUAACUCCACCGCCCUGGGCGACUGGGUCGGCCCCGCCUCCUCCUCGUCGCCGCCUUUUCCGCAUUGCUCCUUCACCGGGGUCACGUGCGACGCCGACUCGCGGGUCGUCUCUCUCAACCUCACCUCCGUCGGCCUCUUCGGCCACAUCCCCCCCGAAAUCGGUCUCCUCCGCGACCUCGUCAACCUGACGCUCGCGGCCGACAACCUCACCAGGGGGGUCCCGCCGGAGCUUGGCAACCUCACGUCCCUCCGGUUCCUCAACCUCUCCGUCAACCUACUCUCCGGGGUCUUCCCCGGCGGAGUCCUGAGGGCGAUGACCGAGCUCGAAGAACUCGACGUGGACAACAACAACUUCACGGGGCCGCUGCCGCCGGAGGUGGCGGGGCUGAAGAAGCUGAAGCGGCUCGACCUCGCCGGCAACUACUUCACCGGCGCGAUACCGGAGGUUUACUCGGAGAUGGAGAACCUGGAGUUCCUGGCCCUGCACGCGAACCUGCUGACCGGCAGAGUCCCCGCGAGCCUCGCGAAGCUGAAGAACCUCCAGGGGCUCUACCUGGGCUACUUCAACGUGUACGACGGCGGGAUUCCGGCGGAGUUCGGGUCUCUGAAAGAGCUCAGAAUCCUCGACAUGGCGAGCUGCGGCCUCUCCGGCGAAAUUCCGGCGAGCCUGAGCGAGCUGAAGAAGCUGCACACUCUGUUCCUCCAGUUUAACAAGCUCACGGGCUUCAUUCCCGCCGAGCUCUCCAAGAUGACGAGCCUCAUGUCCCUCGACCUCUCCAACAAUUACCUCAACGGAGAGAUUCCGGCGACCUUCGCCGAGCUCAAGAACCUGACUCUGCUCAACCUGUUCGCAAACAACCUGUACGGACAGAUCCCCGAUUUCGUUGGCGAGCUGCCGAACCUGGAGGUCCUCCAGGUCUGGAGCAACAACUUCACGUGGAAGCUGCCGGAGAGUCUAGGGAGGAACGGGAGGCUGAUAUUGGUCGACGUCACGCAGAACCACUUCACCGGCACGAUCCCUCGGGGCUUGUGCCGGGGAGGGAGGCUGAAGACUCUGAUCCUGACGAACAACUCGUUCUUUGGCCCGAUCCCUGAAGAAAUCGGCGAGUGCAAGUCGCUGACCAAAGUCCGGGUCGGAAAGAACUGCCUCGACGGAACGAUUCCCCGGGGGAUCCUCAGCUUGCCUCGGGCGACUAUAAUAGAGCUCAACGACAAUCUCUUCUCCGGCGAGCUCCCGGCGGAGAUGUCCGGCGAGAGCUUGGGAAUCCUGUCGCUCUCGAACAACUGGAUUUCCGGUGAGAUCCCUCCGGCGAUUGGCAACUUCAGCGGCUUGCAUACUCUGUCCCUGGACGCGAACAGGUUCCAUGGCGAGAUUCCCAGCGGGCUUUUCUCGCCGAGGUCCCUUCUGGUGGUGAACAUCAGCGGGAACAACAUGAGCGGUGAGAUUCCUGGUUCGGUCGCUCGGUGCACUUCUCUGGUAGUCCUAGAUUUGAGCAGGAACAAACUCGCCGGCGAGAUUCCAAAAGGCUUGUCUCUCCUGAAAGUGUUGGGCGUCCUCAAUCUGUCGAGCAACAGAUUGACCGGCCCAAUUCCGAGGGAAAUUCGCGUCAUGACCAGCCUCAACACGCUCGAUUUGUCCUUCAACGAUCUCUCCGGCGAAGUCCCCCACGAGGGCCAGUUCCUUGUCUUCAAGAACUCCUCCUUCCUCGGAAACCCCAAACUAUGCUCGCCAGGCCGCUCGUCUUGCCCCUCUAGGUCAAGUGCCUCGCUCACUUCCUCAAGGGUUGUGAUCACGGCAAUCUCACUCGUGACCGCCGCGCUGCUUAUCACCGUUACGGUCUACAAGGUCCUGAAGAGGAGGCAGGGCUUGAGGGCUUGGAAGCUCACUGCGUUCCAGAAGCUUGGCUUCAAGGCCGAGGACGUGCUCAAGUGCCUGGAGGAGGAGAAUAUCAUCGGCAAAGGUGGUGCAGGGAUCGUCUACCGCGGGUUGAUGCCCAACGGGGUGGACGUCGCCAUCAAGCAGCUGGUGGGGAGGAGCGGCAGCGGGUGCAGCGACCACGGCUUCUCCGCGGAAAUUCAGACCCUUGGUCGGAUCCGGCACCGGAACAUCGUGAGGCUUCUCGGAUACGUCUCCAACAAAGACACCAACCUGUUGCUGUACGAGUACAUGCCUAAUGGGAGCUUAGGGGAGUUGUUGCAUGGGUCGAAAGGCGGCCACUUGCAGUGGGAGACCCGGUAUCGCAUCGCCGUGGAGGCUGCGAAGGGGCUGUGUUACCUCCACCACGAUUGCUCGCCGCUGAUAAUUCACCGGGACGUGAAGUCGAACAACAUACUACUGGAUUCUGACUUCGAGGCGCACGUAGCUGAUUUCGGGCUGGCCAAGUUCUUGCAGGAUGCCGGUGCGUCGGAGUGCAUGUCGUCCGUGGCUGGUUCCUACGGCUACAUAGCCCCAGAGUAUGCCUACACGCUGAAAGUGGACGAGAAGAGCGACGUGUACAGCUUUGGGGUCGUGCUGUUGGAGCUGAUAGCCGGGAGGAAGCCGGUGGGGGAGUUUGGCGACGGCGUGGACAUCGUGAGAUGGGUGAAGAAGACCGUGUCGGACCUACCGCAGCCGCCGUCGGACACGGCGUCGGUGCUCGCCGUGAUCGACCGCAGGCUGAGCGGGUACCCGAUGGCGAGCACGAUCCACCUCUUCAAGAUCGCGCUCCGGUGUGUCGAGGACGAGAGCUCCCAGAGACCCACCAUGAGAGAAGUCGUCCUCAUGCUGACAAACCCUCCUCCGUCCACUCCAUCCGCCACUGUCGCCGCUGGCCCGGAUCUCAUCAAACUGUAGGGGACUCUCCGCUGUUUUCUCUGUAAAAUAAAGCUGAUGGUGCUUUGCAAAUGAUCUUGGCCAUAAGAGGCUGUGUAUGGUUGAAUGUUCGAUUUUCAUAUAAUAAGGUUUCCUGUGCAAGUGGUUUUGAAUGUAUCUUCCUUCUAUGGUGGUUCAAUGUAAAAAAGUUUUUUAA